AUGUCGACUUCCCCCGAGGAGGAUGCAUCAGCCUUGUUUGGAAACGAUAGUGCCGCACCGCAAACGAAUAAAACCACCACUUCGGCGCCUGGAGAAGGCAAAGAGAAAGGUGCCGAGAAAACGAUAUCAUGUGUAUCUUGCAGACGUAGGAAAUUAAAAUGCGAUCGAGUAAAACCAAAAUGCGGAACAUGCGGGAGAUUGAGACACGAGUGCGAAUACCCAGAGAGGAGGAGGAACGUAGGAACAAAGAGGAGAAACAUGAAGGAGUUGGAAGCUAGAUUGGCACAAGUGGAAACCCAGCUGGUGGCAGAAACGAAACAAAUGGCCGCCAACAACGCAGUUGAGAUGAACACAAACGCGAACGCGAACGCGAACGCAGACCCAGAUUGGGGUGCGAUGAAUAUAGAUCUGGAUAUGAAUUUCGCAGAUGAGGGACUACAAGACUUAGGAUUUGAUAUCAUGAAUGGCAAUCCUGAGGCUGGAUCUUCGGUGCCAACUGGAGACUUUUUUUCCCAAGAAGUUAUAAGUCUAGGGCUACAAGAGCCUCUGCCUCCCGAAAGCUUGAUGGAUGACUUAUAUCGAAUAUAUUUCGAAAGAUUUCAUCCAACUUUGCCUAUGAUACAUAAAAGUCGAUUCUGUUCCGCUAUGAAUAUGCCGGCGAACCAUAAACCACCAGUUGCUUUGCGAUAUGCUAUGAUGACGGUAGCAGCAUCACUUUCGGAUGAAUAUCAAAAUUAUGCUGAAAUAUUCUAUGAGAGGGCUAGAAGAUACGCUGAGAUUAUGGAAAUGAAGGGCCAUGGUGAAGCUUUCGUAUGCAUACAAUCUGUACAAACUUGGUCGAUCAUUAGUAACUACGAAGCCACAAAUGCUUACUUCAGUCGAGCAUGGAUGAGCACCGGAAGAUGGCUUGAUGCGGAAAGAGAUAUUUCAGGGAAAAGACUAUUGCCUCUGUCAAGGGACUGGGUCGAAUUGGAGGAGCGACGAAGAACAUUCUGGGUAGCUUAUUACGGUGACAGAUGGUCUAGCUGCGCGACUGGAUGGCCAAUGAUGUUUGAUGAGCAAAAGAUCAAAACCAAUUUACCCUGUUCUAAUGAUGCAUUUGACUUAGGUAUUGAGGAGAAAACAUGCUCUUUAGCUGAGGCAUUGACUCCCGAGGGUGCUUCUACGAUAUCAUCUUUUGCUGGGGUUGUCUUAUCGGCAUGCUUGUUUGGUCAAAAUAUCGAACACAUGUUCAAAAGUGGCCCAGAUGAAGGCGCCAACGAUGUUGCCAAUGGUGAAUUUUGGAAGAGGCAUAGAAAAAUGGAUAACGUGUUGUCUAGUACAUUCAUGUUUCUGCCCGAUCAUCUGAGAUUACCUGCUGGACUGCGGGAUCCGAAUAUCGUCUUUUUCCAUAUGAAUAUACAUUGUUCAACAAUCUGUCUACACCAAGGAGCGGUCUUGACUGCUGAACGAGAAGACCUCAGCCAAUCGUUCAUUCGGCAAAGUGAAGCGAGGAGUUUGAUGGCGGCUGAAGAAAUCGCGAAUCUGAUGCGCCUCAUCAGUCAUAUGGAAGCAUCCAAGAUGAGUUCAUGGAUAGGGUUCUGUCUCUAUGUUGCUUCUGGUGUAAUUCUCCACGAUGCAAGGAAGGAUAGACCAAACCCUCAAAGUGCCAGCAAUUUAGAAUUUAUGAUGUCAGCUAUGAAAGCUGUUGGGAAAAAGCAUGUUAUUGCAAGACACUUUGCCGCUCAACUCGAACUCGAGAUUGAAACACAAGGAUUGGAUCGCAUGAACAUGGUAAACACUAUCUAUAAAUUACAUAGCGUUGGAUCGUCAGUGGUAGACGACGCUGAUCUCUGCGGCUUUCCUCGCGUCUUCAGACGAAGGGCGCAAAAGAAUGACUCUUCUCGGAGCUCAAUCGAUAUCAGUCAAACGCCAUUAGUAUCCACCAUAACGCCCCCACAAAAUACCCAGCAAUCACGAGUCGACGCCAUUUCACAAGCAGCACCUGUUGGUUUUGCCGUAGCAAAUUUUCCUCCAAAUACACAUCGGCAACCGGAUUCGGGAAGCGAGACGAUUGAUAGUGAGUUCAGUUGGCCUGUGACCGAGAAAACACCGUCUGCUGAUUCUUCGGCUUCGAAUACGGCAUACUCAUAUCGAAAUGCAAAACCUUCAUUUCCAAUUGGCUCAAAUGGAAAUUGGACCUUUAAUCCGGAUGCAACGCGCUUCGCUGUCGAUCCAUCAACGUUAAAUGUCACGAAUAAGGAUGCGGAUAACAAUUUGCAGGAGAAUGAGUUGUUGAAUGAUUUACUGAAUGGCGUACCUUGGGAUACUAGUUUUCAACUUGCUCGGGAUUCACGGCACCCUAGCGGAUAG